AUGGCCCUCGAAGCCGAAACUAAGAAGGUAGUCUCCCAAUUCGAGCUCGCCGAUCAAGAUGUCAACCGCGCCACACUCGAGUUCCUCCGACAAAUGGACGAGGGGCUCAAGAAGGAUGGUACAAGCUUGAGCCAGAUCCCCACAUUCGUCACCGGCGUGCCAGACGGGACCGAGAAGGGUCUCUAUCUUGCCGUCGAUCUUGGAGGCACAAAUUUUCGAGUAUGCUCGGUGCAGCUAAACGGUGACACUACUUUCAAUCUUACCUAUGAUAAGGUUGCAAUUCCCAAGGAAUUGAUGGUCGCCCAAACUGCCCGUGAGCUGUUUGCCUUCCUAGCCAAGCAGAUUGAAGAAUUCCUAAAGAAACAUCAUGAGGAUCAUUUCGCCGCCCAACUCGCGAAACGGAAGCCUGGCAAUUCUCAUGGAAAAGAGUCUUUUCGACUCGGCUUCACUUUCAGCUUCCCUGUAAACCAGAUGGGAAUCAAUAAGGGCGAGCUUAUCCGUUGGACCAAGGGCUUCGAUAUCCCCGAUGCCGUGGGAAAAGAUGUUUGCGCACUCCUCCAGGAGGAAAUUGACAAGCUUGGACUUCCCGUCAAAGUUGCAGCCCUCGUCAACGAUACCGUUGGCACGUUAAUGGCCCGUUCGUACACCUCCACGGGGAGGGCCAAGUCGAUACUGGGUGCUAUCUUUGGGACAGGAACGAACGGAGCUUAUAUCGAAAAGCUCUCCAACAUCAAGAAACCUCUUCAAGGCAUCUACGACAAGUCGACGGGCGAGAUGGUUGUCAACACGGAGUGGGGUUCUUUCGAUAAUCAGCUGAACGUGCUACCCACGACUCCGUGGGACAAGGCCCUGGACGAAUCGACGGUUAACCCGGGCUUCCAGAUGUUUGAGAAGCGGGUUUCCGGAAUGUUCUUGGGCGAAAUUGUGCGCCUUGCGAUUGUUGACAUGAUGAAGAAUGAACAGACCUCACUAUUUCGAGACGCCAACUCCAGCUUCAAUGACUGGAAAUCCGUCACCACUGUCAGCCCUGAAUCUGGCCUCCUGAAGCCGUGGGGACUUGACAGUGCCGUCAUGUCUGUCGCGGCCUCCGAUAACACGCCGGAGCUCUCCACCCUUCGGCAAGUACUGGAGGACACCUUGGAGGUUUUUGCGCCCUCCCUCGAGGAUGCCCAAGCCUUCAAGGCCAUAGCAAACGCUGUGGGCCGGCGCGCUGCUAGGCUAUCUGCGGUUGCUAUUGGUGCGAUUGUGUUGCAGUCCGGAAAAUUAAGCGACCCCAAGGAAGAUGUUAUUGACAUUGGCGUGGAUGGAAGUCUAGUCGAGCACUAUCCCUUCUUCCGCGAUAUGAUAUACGAUGGCUUGAGGGCUAUUGACGGCAUUGGCCCCAAGGGCGCAGAGCGUAUCCGAAUUGGGAUUGCCAAAGAUGGCAGUGGUGUAGGCGCCGCUCUCAUUGCGCUGAUGGCUGCUAAUAUGGAGAGCAAUACAGACUUUGAGCAGCAGGACACACCAAAAGAGAAAGGGGAGGAUUUGAUUUCGAGCACUGCAUUCACAGUAGCGGGCGUUGUUGGUAUUGUUGCGCUUGCAACACUCUGGUUGGCGAGACGCCAAAGAGCAUAG